AUGUAAAUGUAUGCAACCGAUAGCACAGAAAAUUUGUUGCUACGGAUUGUUUGUUGAAUCGAUAGUAAAAAAAUGUCACGUACAUCUCGUGAAAUUGAUAAGAAAAUGCUGUACGCCGAAUUAAAAGGCGCAAUUGCAAGUGAUAAGCUCUAUUGGGUGCGGAAUGAUGCUAAAAUUAGAGCGUCAACAACAUCAAAAGAUUACAACGAGUUCAGGGACAUCGUAGCUGCUGCGCAUUUGAAUCCGCUAGAGAAACAAGACAGAAUCGGAGAAGCAAAAUCCAAUUGGAAUAAAACGACGACGAGGGAUUUAGAUUCUUAAUCUACUACUUUUAUUGUUUA